AUGCAGAGUGAUAAUGCAGUAGGUAACAUGUACAAGCUGGAACACAAGAAACUCCUGCUAGAUGCUUGGGAAACCAUUUUCACCAUAGGGGUUGCCCAGGAGCUAUGUAGAAUCUGCAUCCUUGAAGAUGCAGCUUACCUGGUCAAAGCCCUGAGCAGCCUGCUCUGGCUGGAAAUGCAUUUGUGUCUUGUGUUUGAAGAUUCACCACUUGGAGUCAAAGGAGCCCUGGCAGCAGGAACGCAAGUGGUUAUGAUUCCAGAUGAAAAAUUAAAUCCAGAUCUUAAAAAAGAGGCAACACUACUGCUGAACUCUAUGGAGGAUUUCAAACCAGAACUGUUUGGUUUACCAGCAUAUGAUUAG